GGGGCGGUUCACAGUCUCGGGGGUUAGUGCUUUUUAAACCGCGGCACUCAGGAGCCUUCCAGGUGGGCACGGCCCUGGGGUGGUGCAACCGUCUGCGAAAGAACCAGGUGAAGACUUCCCGCUCCAAAGCCAGAGGGCAUGAUCGCCCACGAAUUCAUUGCAGUUUCUGCCCAGGAUUCUGUAAAACUGGAAAUUAAAGAAUGGCUGCCGCCCUACCAAAUGUUGGUUCUAUCGGACCUUGGUUUCUUGCUGAGUUGGGGGGGGUGGUGACUCCCAGGCGGGCCCAGAGCAGAACUGCAUCUGGACUUCCUUCACUGGGUCUGGGCCUGUGGGUGUCCAGGCAAUCCCCCCGCGCAGUACUGGGGCUCUGACGGCUUUCAGCACUUGGCUCUCUACUGCUAUGGCAAAUAAAAACCCUUCCAUUUAGAGGCGGAGUCCCUGUUUAGUGGCUUUUUAACCUUUUUUUUUUUUUUAAAUGGAGUGCUGUACUUCACUGAAAGUAUUUAAACUUGCAAGUAAAGUUUUAAAGCAGAAUGAAACUCAGCAUUAAAAAGCGACAUUAGGAGGGCAUUGGAAGGCUUUUACAUUAAAGAAACCUAUAUUCAGUGCAGACAAAUUAGAAAUUGGAGAGAAGCAAAAAACCCAAAUUUUAAUGGAUCUGUGAUUUCACUCCCUAGUGACCACAGUUGGUGACUUGCGUAUGUUCUGAACCAUUUGUACAUUUUACAUCGGAGCAUAUUGUACAAGGUUUUAUAACUCUGUUCUCAACUUAAUCUAUGACAAAUACAUUUUUGUUAAAACUCGUAGGGCACCAUGCCAGAGUUUAUUACAAAUCCCUCAGUGGACCCUUGGAUGUUGUCCAGUUUCUCAGGCUUAAAAACAAAGCAGAAUGUCCUAUGUACAAGCAUGGACCUUUGUCAGAUUGUUUCUUUAGGAAUUCCCAGAGGUGGGAUUUCUGAACUGCAGGGGGUAACGUCUAGGCUUCCAGUACGUUUUAGCUAAGAUGCCCGCUAGCAGUUUAAAGCAAUCUAAUUGCUCAUCAGGCAUCUGAGAACAUGUGGAGUUCCUUGUCCUAGAACCGAGGUUCUUAACCUCAGGCGGAGGACCGAGCACUAGGACCUGCACAGUUGGAUGGGGCAAAUGGCCCUCCAGCUGAACUGGCCUCCCGUGAUGGAUGAUGAGUGUCUCAGUUGCACUAGCAGCCAGGCUGGCUUUGUCGGGGGGUUUAGGGUUUAGAGCCUAGGCGCCUUCCCAGCUGGUCCUGAGCCCCUCUCUGCAAGGUUGGGGGGGAGGCUGGGCCCCCUUGAGGCCACGUUAUGCGGUGUAGCACUCAAAUGUAAAAAUGUCACACAUUUGUCUUGCAAUGUGUCACCACAUUUCAGUACACCGGAUUUCCUGUUGGUCUUACAUUCUUCUGAGGAUGGCUCCAGGCAGGACAAAAGAUAAAAGCCAACCCCUGGCUUAGCAAACGUGGCUCAUUAGCCACCCAUUCCGUGCUGGACCGCAAGGGUGAUGAUUUAGUUGUUUAUGCCAUCAUCCAAGAGGGAGAGAAUUUAGACUGUUCUUACCAGGGACCUGGCGGGUAGCCAGUGUUCCUGUGCUCCACAUCCAGCCCUCUCUGUCCCAUUUCCAGGCAGAGACUCAGGACCAGAAUUGCUUCUCACUGAAAGCAACUUGAAUCACGUGGGCUGAGAAAGAACUGGCUGUGGAAUGAGCUGGAGCCCGGGAAGGCAGUCGUGAUUCUGGCCAGGACCUCGCUGCACCCCUGCUCUUAGCAGGACGCCAUGCCGACGGGUCCCAGUGUCCGUCCUGCCACCUGAGGGCGGCGUGGCCAUGCUGGAGUGUCUUGCAGACGAGAACGUGCACUAUGUCGGCAGCAGCAAAACCCCAGACCCCAGCAGAGCCAGCCCCAGGCCCCGAGGAGACGCCCCGGGGAAAGGCGCUCCUUGGCUGGGGCUCUCUGUUCGGCCACCGAAGUGAGAAGAUUGUUUUCACCAGUAGUGAUAGCAACCCCGGGGAGCGCGUGCUAACUGUCACCAUCACGGAGACCACUGUUAUCGAGUCAGACCUGGGAGUGUGGAGCUCGAGGGCUCUGCUCUACCUCACGCUUUGGUUCUUCCUCAGCUUCUGUACCCUUUUCCUCAACAAGUACAUCCUGUCCCUGCUGGAGGGCGAGCCCAGCAUGCUAGGUGCUGUGCAGAUGUUGUCCACCACGUUUAUUGGGUGCCUGAAAAUAUUUGUUCCAUGCUGUUUGUAUCAGCACAAAACCCGGCUUUCUUACCCACCCAACUUCAUCAUGACCAUGCUGUUCGUGGGCCUGAUGAGGUUUGCAACAGUGGUCUUGGGUCUGGUCAGCCUGAAGAACGUGGCGGUUUCAUUUGCAGAGACGGUGAAGAGCUCCGCCCCCAUUUUCACUGUGAUCAUGUCCCGGCUCAUCCUGGGGGAGUACACGGGGCUGCUGGUCAACCUCUCCCUCGUCCCGGUCAUGGGAGGCCUGGCACUGUGCACAGCCACUGAGAUGAGCUUCAACAUCCUGGGGUUUUCAGCCGCACUGUCCACCAACAUCAUGGACUGUUUGCAAAAUGUUUUUUCCAAAAAGCUGCUCAGCGGGGACAAGUACAGGUUCUCGGCCGCCGAGCUGCAGUUCUACACUAGCGCCGCAGCCGUGGCCAUGCUGGUCCCAGCUUGGAUCUUCUUCAUGGACUUGCCGGUGAUCGGCAGGAGCGGGAAGAGCUUCAGUUACACCCAGGAUGUGGUGCUGCUGCUGCUGAUGGAUGGCGUCCUGUUCCACCUGCAGAGCGUCACGGCGUACGCGCUUAUGGGCAGAAUCUCCCCUGUGACUUUCAGUGUUGCCAGCACCGCGAAGCACGCCUUAUCCAUCUGGCUCAGUAUCAUCAUUUUUGGCAACAAAAUCACCAGCCUGUCGGCCGUGGGCACCGUCUUGGUGACGGCCGGCGUCCUGCUCUACAACAAGGCCAAGCAGUACCAGCGGGAGGCUAUGCAGACCCUGGCCGUGUCUGCCGGCCGCACGCCGGAGGACAGCGCUGAGCUGCGGGUCCCCAAGGAGGCCAAGCCACACCACUGAGCUCUGGGGCCUGGCAGGCGCCUGGUGCCACCCGCUGCUGCCGUCCUCGUUGACGCGGGAUCCCUGCCGUCGGCCCCUGGACAACUCCCACCCUCACGGUCACUGGGGUGAGGAGACCAGGCACAGGCAGCCCUCCCUGCCCCUCUCUGGGGUUUUCAGGCAAAACCAGCGGGAACUCGAGUGGAACUCCAGAUGCCAGCUUCCUGGGGCAGAGCUGCCUGCUGCUGAGCCAUCGCCAGUGAUGUGAAAAUGUGAAUAGCACCUCCUGCUGCCCCACGCUGAGCGCAUCAGGGGUCGGGACCCGUCGGCCUCUACAUGGCCCUCGUAGGGCACGAGGCCCGACUGCAGUUAGGCCCCUGUUCCUCUGUGGGUGACAACCAUGGGGAACAACUGUGGAGCCAGCGCUGGGUCCAGGGGCCAAGGCCGCUGUCUGCUCGGUGACAGUGGAGAGAACUCAUCUUCCCGACCAGCACUGAAGGCCCCAAAGGCACCGCCCACUCCAGUGUGUGGGGAGAGCCUGUGCUGGGACCGAGGCCAGGUGCCCGCUUCCUGGGCACAGAGGCCGCACCCGUCCAGAAACCACAGAGCCAGGCAGCCAGCAGGGAGUGACACAAGGCGCUCAGAAACCAGGGGCCCCUGCUGCUGAGGGCGGCGUGUUGGGCCCUGUCUUGCCACCCCGCCCUUCUACCCAAAACGUCCUCUCUCCCACCUUGGGCUGCCAAGAGCCGCUACCACUUAGGGAAAGGUCACUCCAGGAAGACAGGGGCAUCUUUCAGCAUCUGCCCCACUAAGCCCCCUCCUCCUGAGGGGCUCUGGCCUGGAGGCUGAGGACAGAUGUGCAGUGCUGAGCUCAGGCAGAGGAUGCUGUCCUGGUUUGCUCUGGAGUCAGCUGCUGGGCGGGGUCCCCUACCGCCUGUGUCUUACUGCAAGGACAUGAUUUUCCUCCUGAAUGGGUGAGAGCAGGAGGAACGCUUGGAGUGUUUACUAUUUCCAUUACACUGUAGCAUUGAAAAUGACAGUGUAGUUUUUUAAAACGUAGCUGCAGGCACAGGUGGCAUCUGGAAUGCAGCGUGUAUGUCACACUCUGAACCCACAGGCUGGCGGCGGGCUCCCCUCCCAGAGUGGACGGGCAGGUGAUGGAGCCUGUGCUCGGCUGAGGCUCCUGACCUCGUCACAUUAGCCCUCACCCCCAUCCUGGUGGGAUUUCUGAUGGGGACAUGUCCACCGCCAGCCAGUCUCUGAGGCCCUCCCCACCAUGCCUUUGCCCAUUGCUGGGCUAAGUUCUGGGCGCGUCAGGCGCAGCCCCACUCGGUGGACCAAGGCAGCCUGGCCACCUGCCUGCUGGAACUGAGUGCGCUGAGAAAGGGGGCGCAAGGAGCCCCUUGCCUGAAGUCUCAUUUCCCUGCCUGUGGUUCGGGUCUUUGGCUCCCACCAUCAGUUCACGCUUUCCGGUUGGCUUCGCAACUGGGAAAGAUAAAAAGAGCCUCUUUGGGAGAUCAGAUCUCUUGGAAACAAAGAGCAAUAAUUAAGUCUCAUUAAGUUCUGUCUACUUGAAAAAGUUUGCCACAGCAAGGGAUUAAAAUGAAGCCUUUUAUACUACAACCAACCUUAUUACGAAGCUGACCUGUAUCCAGGGGACAGGCAGGUGUGUGGUCACCUGCGUGACGAGCUCGCCUUCACUGUGAAGCUGUUUCUCCUGGGAUUUACCCUGGGUUUCUAUUCCCUUUCUUUUUCUGCUUUCUGUGCCCCCAAAACAAAACUAAAGAGGACUCGUUGGAGGUGGCUGGAGUGCUGGGGUGCUGCACUGACCUGUGAAGACGAGAGCAAAAGCCCUGCGUCCACGGGGCUCCCACCUGCACCCUUGAGGACACGGCUGUGCCGCCCACGGCUGACUGGGAUGUGAGCAGAGGAGGGGCACACAUGUGGCCGGCCCGCUGCAGGAGUUUCAUGUUGGCCUUCUUGCAGACUUCAGCAUCUAAGUGCAAUCGGAAACACAGCCGCCUGUUGCUGAGAACUGUCGGGGGUUUCCUGGUCCUGUGCCUCGUGGAAUAAUGAAGCUGCAGCCUGGGCCCUCCCCUCUCACAAGUGAAUUUCAGCUGGUUUUGAUUUUCUAAAUUUUGGGACCAGACACUAAACUGGUCUAAAUUUUGGGACCAGAAACUAAUAAUUGCUAAAUUAUUAGUAAGUGGGGCAAGGCUGCUUUUGAGACUUCCCCUCAUCCUGACUUCACCACUGCCCUCCCGUUUGUCUCCCGUCCGCCCGAGUCACCCACUUCUUGGGCAUUUCCAGAACAGCCUUGUGUCGAGAGCCACACUCGCUACCUGGCUUGGCCAUCUGUUUAAUGACUGUACAGAGAUGACAUGUUUUUUACUAACUUUGUCUAGUUUUUAUAGUAUGCUCUCAGCUGUCGCAGAUGUGCUUGUACUGACAUUGAUACUGAGUGUCAUUGCUCACACUGGUCGGCUGCUCCUGUGUUAUCUGUGGUUAUCUGUGCCUUUGUAAACAAGCCCACACUAGAAUCAGGCUUUCGAGGCUGGCUAUCUACUUAUGCGUCAGAAAUGGCAAGUCUCUGGCUCAAGGAAACCCCCACUGAGUAGCAUAAAAAGCUUUUUGUUUUUAAAUUCCAAGAGUCAUAAUUUCUGCAGAUCAGCAUUAAAAUCAUCUGCCUUGGAAAGCUCAGAGUACUCUUGCGCAACCCAAAAUGUGUCUUUAAUUUGAAGAAAAAUAAACAUGGUGAAUCAGAAACAGUAAAAAAAAACAAGUGCUA